AUGGCAGCCGAAGAAGAGCAAGCCGCACUGGCGCAAAACAAGCGCCGACACUCGGCUGUCGACGCCGAGGAGGAGAACGGAAGCAACUCAUCAGACGAUGACUUCGGUCCCGCCCUCCCCUCCGCCGAUGCGCCGAAGAAGAAACGCAGAAAGCUGCCGUUCGAGAAGGUUUACGUGAAUGCGCUCCCCGCCUCGCCGCGGUAUUCGAAAUCGCUCAUGCACAAGGAUCAGCUGUCGUUUGUCACUGUGACGCCGCAUACGGACUUUUUGAUUACAUCGUCGAUUGAUGGGGUCGUCAAGUUCUGGAAGAAGAUGGCUGUGGGGAUGGAGUUUGUCAAGGAGUUUCGCGCGCAUGCGACUGAGAUCAGGAGUGUCAGUGUGAGUGCCGAUGGGCGGAGCUUUGCGACGACGGGGUCGGAUAAGACGGUCAAAAUCUUCGAUGUCAUUACAUUUGACUUGCUCUCCAUGCUGACCCUUGAAUUCGACCCCCGGUGUGUCUGCUGGGUACAUCCCCGAGGCGCAUCGCUUCCCCUCCUCGCCGUGACCGAUGAAUCUAGCAGCACGAUCCAGAUAUUCGACGGGCGAGGCGAGAAUUCGGCCCCCCUCCACACCCUCAAAUCCAUCCACCGCAACCCUGUGGCCGCCAUCGCAUUCAACGAUGCCUACGACUGCGUCAUCUCCGCCGACGAGUCAGGAAUGAUCGAAUACUGGAGAGCGUCGGACAGCUCAUUCGAGAAACCUGACAAUGUAUUUGAGCUCAAAUCCUCUACAAACCUCUUCGAAUUCAAAAAGUCCAAGUCAACCCCGUCAUCAAUAACAAUCUCCCCCUCGGGCAAACAAUUCGCAACUGUCUCCUUCCCCGACCGCCAAAUCCGCGUCUUCGACUUCGCUACCGGCAAGCUCUACCGCAAGUACGACGAAUCCCUCUCCACAAUCACCGACAUGCAACAAGCAGGCACAGCGCUGCACACACUUGACGCCGUCGAAUUCGGCCGCCGCCUGGCCGUCGAGCGUGAGCUCGAAAACCCCGUCACCAAACCGAAGAUCAACGUCCUCUUCGACGAAUCCAACCACUUCCUCCUAUACGGCUCCCUCUACGGCAUCAAAUGUAUCAACACCUACACAAACCGCGUCGUUCGCCUUUACGCCAAGGACGAGCCCUUCCGACCCUUAAACCUCGCCAUGUACCAAGGCGCGCCGCAGAAAAAGGGCGUCGUGACGGUAUCCAUGGCCGCGUCCGCGAAUCCGCUCCUCGCAGAAGCCGAAGAGCGCGACCCCAUCCUCGUCUCCACGGGCUUCGCAAAGAUCCGCUUCUACCUCUUCACCAACGAAACCGACAUUUCCAAAUCCACCCGCGACGUCCAAAAUGAACGACCCACGGACCCGUCCUCCUCGCGGGAAUCCGCCGCAGCCCAAAAACAAGCGGAGCUCGGCACCUCCGCAAUCCUCCACACCACCCUCGGCGACAUCCACCUUCGCCUUUACCCGUCCGCGGCCCCCAAAGCCGUCGAGAACUUCACAACACACGCCCGAUCAGGCUACUACAACAACACAAUCUUCCACCGCGUCAUCCGCAAAUUCAUGAUCCAGGGCGGCGAUCCGCUGGGCGACGGGACGGGCGGCGAGAGUAUCUGGGGCGGGGAGUUUGAGGACGAGUUCUCGUCGCUGAAGCACGAUAAGCCAUAUACGCUGUCGAUGGCGAAUGCGGGGCCGAACACGAAUGGGAGUCAGUUCUUUAUCACGACGGAGAAGACGCCGUGGUUGGAUGGGAAGCAUACGGUUUUUGGAAGGGCGGUGCAGGGGUUGGAUGUUGUGCAUAAGAUUGAGAAUGUCAAGACGGUCAAGGAGAAGCCUGAGGUGGAUGUUAAGAUUGUUAGUAUUUCAGUUUCGUGA